UGGUUGCACAAGAUUUACAAUUGCUUCCAGAAAAGCAAUGAGUAAGAGAGUAAGGACCCUGACAGUACCUAAAAUGGAAGGAUUCGAGCGAACACAGAUAUAUUGGAUAUCUAGUAAGAGCCUUUAGCCUGAAGACUUGACCACGACACGCUACCAAUCCAUCCAACCUAGUCACUAUGAGUCGGGCGUUGAAGUCCUCGCUUCAGAGUCUCAAGAACUGGGUCCUCCAGAGCAGCUCCCGAAACGUGAAAGCGCCAAAUUCAACUCGCGGUUCCAGAGGCACACCUCCACAUCGACACGCGCAUCAUCACCUGAUUCGACGUUCAUUGCGAGCCUCGCAAGCCUUACUUCCGCAAAGGUGCACCUCGAUUAGUGAUCAUGGGCUCGUGAAAAACGAAGUGUACAAAGGUUGAGAUAAGGAUACCGUGUUGUGGCAUUGUAUCAACCGGAGAAAGUCAGAAGUGUUGUGUGAUCAUUCUGUCUAUCUGAACUACGAAUGGGUGAAGGAAAUCAACGCUGUGGAG